AUGGCUGCCGCUGUCGCUGUUUCAAUCGCCCGCGCUUCUUUCCGCGGUGGUCUCCUUCGUCCAGACCCCACAGCCGUGCCUCUAGAUGAGAUCACCCUCUUCCACACCCUGCUAAACAAGGCUCUCACCAUCUGCUCCCCAUCAAACAUCCAGAACUGUAAACGAUGGAUUCUACGCUACGUGACGUCGCGAGCUAGGGUCGUCCUGCUCGGGAAGUACUUGGUCGCCCUCUCACCAUCACUCACCAAGCCUCCUUCAGGACCGAGUCCGAGCCCGAGGAGACAGAGGCUGCAUAUGCUGUACCUUGUCAACGAUAUACUACAUCAUACGACUCGCAAUGAGCCGUCCCCAACAUUUCCGGAGGAGAUUAAAAGUUUUCUCAAAGACCUCUUCACCGCAGCGAUCGCCCCUGGAGCCGUAAAGCAACUUGCCAAGGUGGAGCGACUCCUCAACCUAUGGAAAACCCAGUCGUACUACCCCGCGCCAUUCACGGCCGAGCUUCUCACUGCCGUUCGCGACGCAGCAGCAGGGAACAAGUCCUUGUCCUCUCCACGCGAGAAACCAGCGACAGAGCGCCCACUGCUCCUUCCGCCGUUUCAUGGAGACCCGUCGCUUCCCUUUUACGAUCUUCCGGCAGCUAACAUCCUCCCGCACCUCAAACCUAAUGCGCCAACCCCCAUAAACCCGCGCCUCGUCAAGCCGAUCCAGUUUUCGACCCUCACCCCAAGUGGACCCCUUGCGACAGCAGUCAAGGACUUCCUUGCCUCUGUUGAAGGGAUAUUUUCCGGCGCGGAUAUUGGCGCUGGGGAUCCAGAUGCAGUGGGCGGGUUAUUUGGCAGCGCCGGGGAGGGUGAAGGCUACUACGGGUGGAGUCGCAGCUUCUGCGAAAACAUGAGAAUGAAGAAGCGCGCGGCAGCGGAGGGCAAGAGUAGCCGGUCAGAGGGCAGGGCUAGCAGGAGUCGCAGACGAGGAAGCUACUCUGAUAGCGAGCACAGCGGCUCAUACUCGCGAUCUCGUUCUCGAUCGCGAUCGCGAUCAGGUGGCCGAAGGAGGUAUCGCGAGUCGAGAAGUAGAUCUCCCUCAUCGCGCUCCCGCAGCCGGUCCCCGGCGCGUCCCUCAUUUGGGCAAUCGCAGCCGCCCCUACACGGCAUCCCUCCCCCUCCACCACAGCCGCAUCUUAAUUACCCACCCGAACUCGCCCAGCAACAACAUUACCCACCUCCGCAGGGCUACCCUCACCCUCCCCCACCCCCUCCUAUGCCGCAAAUGCCGUACGGAUACCCCCAGGGACAGUUUUGGCCGCCCCCGCCUCCGCCGCCACCAGGUUUCCAGCAGAUGAUGCACCAGCAAUUUCAACAGGGGUACGGAUAUCCGUGGCCUCAGCAGCAGCAGCAGCAAGGGUUCCCGCCGUUCCCUCCUCCUCAACCACCGGUACAGCAGCAGCAGCAGCAGCACGUCCAGACUGAUGGGGAGCAACAGCAGCAGGGGCAGCAUCAGCAAAGCGGACAGGGGGGAUAUGAGGAUUAUAGGAGCGUUAAGGGAAGGGAGAUAGGGACGCGGAGAGGGUGGAAAACCUGA